AUGGUUUACUACCAAGAGAUUUACCUUGAACAAGAAGACGAUGGGCUGUGGAAACUACAAACUCCGCUUCCGAAAAAGCUGGAGGUACCUUUGGACCGCACCAUGGACACCAUCGUGGACCAGGGUUUUUGCCAUCCAAUACACACCCGCUUUCGAGCGACGGGGACUAUGUACAGUGACAGUGAGACAGCUCACCAGCUGUUUCGAAAUGCCGGCUUGGCUCCAAAAGACGAGAGUGAACAGCAGACAAAACUCAUCAAGCAGAUAUGCCGCCACGCCGAGGUCCGCAAGUUCUUCGUGACCACAGGGUGGCAUCAGCCUCAAAUUCCGCUCAUCGUAUUCGUGAAGGCCCUGCCGAACCCAACAGAACAGCUUCAAGCCUUCAAGAAGGGAGUGGCAUCGCGUGAACUAGAAUCAUGA